UUGGUGUCCAGCUGAGCCCAGCUCAUGUUUGCAGCAGCACUUUUAAACAUUCCUCUCUGAAUCACUUGCAAUCACAGGAGCCGAAAGCCGAGGGAAGCAAGAAUUGGACUUUGGAGAACGAAGCAGGUGUCGCCUCAAACCAGAGGCUCGAGCCUGUUGACUGGGAGGCCGAGAGCCACGACUGGUAUUGCUUCGAGUGUCACCUGCCGGGAGACGUCCUCACCUGCGACAACUGCUUCCGGGUUUAUCACCUCAAGUGUCUGUCGGAGGAGUGCAAGCCCCGGGACGGAGGCUCCCACUGGCAGUGUGUCGCCUGCAGGGGAAGUAAAAAGAAGAACCUGAACAAGCAGGAGAUGAGUAAAUACCUGCGCUUCAUCGUCCAGCGCAUGAAGGAGAGGGCUGUGGACCUGAACAAGAAAGGCAAAGACACGAAGCAUCCCAUGUACAGACGGCUGAUCCACACCGCGCUGGACGUGUCCAACAUCCAGGAGAAUCUGGCUGAAGGAAAGUAUAAAAGCUUCGAGGAGUUCAAAGCAGACGCUCAGCUGAUCGUCCACAACACUGCCAUCCUGUACGGAGUUCACAGCGACCAGGCCGAGAUCGCCCGACUGCUCUUCAGCGACACGUGUCACGAGCUGAAUGAGCUGCUGUUGUGUAAGAACUGUUUCUACCUGUCCAACGCCCGACCCGACAACUGGUUCUGUUACCCCUGCAGUCCCAGCCACGACCUGGUCUGGGCCAAGAUGAAGGGCUUCGGCUACUGGCCGGCCAAAGUGCUGCAGAGGGAGGACAACCAGGUGGACGUCCGCUUCUUCGGACACCAGCACCAGAGAGCCUGGAUCCCCUCAGACAACAUCCAGGACAUCAAGGUGAGCGUCCAGCAGCUGCAGGUGAAGCGCAGCAACGGCUGGAAGAAGGCCUGCGAGGAGCUGGAGGUGUACCAGCGCUUCCUGAGGGAGGGCCGCUUCUGGAAGACCAAGAUGGACGACGGCAGCCCGAUGCUCCAGCAGAGCCAGAGCCAGAACCAGAGCCAAAACCAGACCCAGAACCAGACCCAGACCCAGAGCCAGCGGCAGCAGGACGAGGGCAGCGGCAGGACGGAGCGGCUGGAACGGACCGACGAAGCCGAGUCCAGCAUCUCGUCCACCAGCAACGAGCAGGUCCGCCACCUCAAAGGCAGCCUGGAGCCCAAAGCCAAGAAGAGCCGCCGCACUCAGGUGCUGGAGCCCAAAGAAGAAGUCAGCGACCCGGAGCCCGAGAUGGAGGCGGUCAGCUCCAGCCAGGAGAUCUCGGUGUCGUCGGCGCCGCAGCAGCCAGAGAAGCUGUCGGUGUCGACGCAGACCAAGAAGGCGAGUGGAGGGUCGCCACGGACGCUGCACCGCGGCACCCAGACCAGCAGCGACGGCGCCUGCCAGAACAUGUGUCACGAGAAGUACACCAAGGUGUUCAACGACGUCAAGGAGAUGAUGAAGGCCGACAACAAGAGGGAGACGGAGAGGGUGGUCCGGGAAGCUCUGGAGAAGCUGCGAGCGGAGAUGGAGGAGGAGAAGCGGCAGGCCGUCAGCAAGGCGGUGGCCGGAGCUCAGGCCGAGAUGGAGCGCAAGUGCAAGCAGGUGAAGGAGAAGUGUAAAGAGGAGCUGGUGGAGGAGGUGAAGAAGAUGGUGGCCCAACACAAGCAGCUCAUCUCCCAGACCAAGAAGAAGCAGUGGUGCUACAACUGUGAGGAGGAGGCUAUGUACCACUGCUGCUGGAACACCUCGUACUGCUCCAUCAAGUGUCAGCAGGAGCACUGGCACGCCGACCACAAACGAACCUGCCGCAGGAAGAGAUGAACGAGCCCCGCCCCCUCUGACCUCACACAGCACGCCAUUGGCUCCCGCCGUCUCCGCCUCCCGUCAGUCAGUCAGUGUCAAACACAAACGCCCUCCUGCUUCUCACCUGCCUUCCUGAAGCUCUGCGGACCGGAUGUUCCUCUGCGUGAAGAGCGACGUGUUCGUCUGUCCUUUAAUUUAACGUCGUGCUGGUUUCUCUUCCUGUUCUCUCGUCUCUCUGAACAGAUGCUCCGGAGACGCAGCGUUCUGAGUUUUGUGUUUUUUUUAAACGACUUUUCUUUACUGAAGUGCUAAUUUUGUGUCAGAAUGUGUUAUUUAAGUGUGUAGGAACAGACGAGCAUUAACUGAAUACAUUUUAUUACCUGAAUUUUUAAAACAAAGUCUUUUUUCUUACUGUAAAUGCGACGAACACACACCCUGCAGUCCAGCGUGACGUCCCGCCGCUCUGCUUUCAUACAGAAACCGUUUUUAAAAAACAAACAGAAAACCUGCCUACCUUCCACCGUGGACGACGAGGACUUUAAUUCAUUGUUUUUCACGAAUCUCUCGCGGCGAAUCGCACUUUGUCCUCAUUUCUACCUAAAAGCUAAAGUCACUUAUUGGGAACAGGGUCACGGGUCGGCCCGAGAGGCGCCGACCAGAGAAAUCAGCAGAAGUAUUCCUGUAAUCGUGCACAUGUUGGGUUGUUGGACUGUUUUUAUGAGUCACGUGUGGAAGCAGGACGUUUUUAAUCCGCUCUAAUCGGGGACGUGUACAGAAUCAUUCCUGAGCUGGAUCUUAGAGAGUCACAUGAUUUGAAUCAUUUUUCUCUUUUUGCACAUCUGAUUUUCCUCAGCAGCCCAAACGCUUGUAAUAUUGCCAAAAAGUUUUUGUUGACCCGGCGAGUCGGCCUCGUCCUUCCAUGUGUAUCCUGGAGCGUCGUCAGUCGUUCUAGUUGGACCUCCUCGUCGGUUCUGUCUGGAUCUGAACUCUGUGAGACUCUUUCGCUGUCGUCGGUGGUCGGUGCCUGUCUCUGUUCUCAGCCCGGUGAGGCUUCGUGCAUGUUGAUAGAUUCACAGUUUGUCCUUCAUUCAUUCAGCUGAAACCAGGAGACAGAGGAACCAGAACCCGGCUGCUGUCAGACUGGCACGUAGAAAACUUUAUGCAAAUGUGAGCGAUGGGACGGGUCCGGGUCUCUGCUGGCGCCGGAUGUCGAUGUGUCGGUAGAUACCGGUGCUUGGGUUUGUUAACGGCAAUCAGAUUGCUGUUUUUAAAUUUCUGAGAGAAGUUAGUCGACCGUCUUGUCAGCGAUCAGCUGACCGGCCGGCGGGUUGCCUUCAGGCUUCUGUUGACGUGGAAACGAAGCGCCGUCAAUCCUCACCUCGUGGGCAGAAACAGCUCGACUGAAGCUGAGCUCCACUUCCAGCGUUUUGCUUCUUCUUGCCGUAAAUGAAACUCAAAGCUUCAUUAAUAAAGUUCUGGUGUCACUCGGUCAAGUUGUGACUCAAAAAAAGACUCGAUUCUUCUGUUUUCAGGGUCAUUUCUGAGCGACUUCACCUCCGUUGGUUCCUUUAGCGUGUUUCUAGCAGGCGAUAAAUCCGUCUUUUCCUUCGUUAAAUGUUGUUAACCCUAAAACAGCCUGUGUUCGGACAUCUCCUCGCUUUCGGACGUCUCCUCGCGUUCCGACGUCUCUUCGCGUUCGGACGUCUCCUCGCGUUCCGACGUCUCUUCGCGUUCGGACGUCUCUUCGCGUUCGGACGUCUCCUCGCGUUCCGACGUCUCCUCGCUUUUGGACGUCUCUUCGCUUUCGGACGUCUCUUCGCGUUCGGACGUCUCCUCGCGUUCCGACGUCUCUUCGUGUCUAAAGUGCCUGUUUUGUCCGAACAACACGAACAAGCUGCAGAACGACUCAGACUGCUGCUUGUUCGUACAUUUAUUAUUGUGAAAUCAUUUUUCCUUCAUGGCGGAUUUUUAAAGCUGCCUCAGAACCGUUUCCCUACAGCUGGAAGCUUUAAGCCUGAGUUUCGUCAACAGCAACUUAAAGCUGCCGUUUUCUCUGUUUGACUUUUUGUCAACAAACGUUCUGCACGAAGUCGUCCCACAAACACAAAGUCUGUUCAGGUGUUUGUAGCCAGCAGCAGGUUCGUGUGUUCGUGUCGCUCUCUGUCGAUUAGAAAACGUUUCUAUGCCAACUGGAGCUGACUUAAACAUCUUCUGAGCUUCAUGGAGCCCACACCUGAGGACUCCUCAGGAAGCACCUGGCAGACAUCCAGUCGUCGGUCCCAGUCGCAUCCAAGGAGCCCAGACUCAGACAGAAGCUCUGAAAGCUCCAGAUGUCCUUCACUGCAGACUCCUCAGCAUGUUCCUUCCUGAGGUGUAUCGUAGAUCAGGACAUCUGGAGACUUCAGUCCAGGGAUCUCCAGCUCCGGUCCUCCUGAGCUACUGUCCUGCAGGUUCUAGAUGUUUCCAACACACCUGACUCAGAUGAAUGGAUCACUAACAGACGUGUCUAGAACUUGACACCAAGCUGCUGGAGAUCCAUUGAUGUGAGUCAGGUGUGUUGAAAACGUCUAGAACCUGCAGGAUGGUAGCUCAGGAGGACUGGAGCCGGAGAUCCCUGGUCCAGAGCUUCUGAAGGCGUGCUGAGAUCAAAGAGCUGCAGCGACCGGCUCUCAGAUUCUAACGAUGAACUAAAGGUUUGAGCAGCAGUCGUCGUUUGUCGCACUUGGACACCUUCAGUCGGAGGCAGGUGUGGGUGACCAGAAGAACCCAGAGCUUGGUUAUCGUCAGCCGGUCGAUGGAGCGCUGCCCACUAGUGGAGAAUUUAUGUUACUUUCUGUAAGCUGGAAGUGGCUGACGUUCCUCCUCACCCGGUUCGUUCUUCGUGUUCUUCCUGGUUUCACGUUCUCGUCCAAUCAAAGUUCUCUGAAGUCCAACUUCUCUCCUCCGUUGCACUACGUGUAAAUAGACUCCUUCAUGGUUCUGUACAUUGUAAAUGGAUCCACAGAUACUCAGUCUUCUGUUUUGUUCUGAUCUGGAUGACUGUUAGUUCUAGUUUUGUACAGAUGGUUCUCAUAUCAGCGCUUCGUGUCCUUCUGUCCACUCGUUUCUAGCUUCACGUCGACCUGCAGCUCCUCACCGUUGGGUUUUCUUUGGUUCUCCGGCCGCUGUGGGAAGCGUUUUGCCGUCACUCCGGCUCGGUUCUGGUCUGCGCUGCAUGAGUAAAGCUGUUUGUGUCGCGGCUGCGUUUGUUUCUGCUUCCUUCUGAUCACGUACUCGUGGCUCCUCAGCAAUAUGACAGUGACGUCGUUUUCAUCUUCUGUCGAGCUCGUUUCACGCCGUCGAGGACGUUUUCAGCCGGAGAGACUAACGAGCACCCAGAGUGCUUCUGACAGGAAUGAGAUCCGUGUACAGCUUCUUUGGUUCCGCCUCCUGUAGAACAUGUUCUUCUGUUCUGUCCAUAUGUACACUCUUAAUCGUGGCUUAACAUUUUCUAUGCUCCCGACCUUUUUGUUUGUUUUUUGACACUUUAGCUAGCAAUAUGUAUAUAAAUAUAUUCUAUGUGCUAACAUGGAGGAAAUAAAUGUAUCGACCAGUU